CACCAUACGGUUAUGCUCGACAGCGGCGGCGGCGGCGGCGGCGGCGGCGGCGGCGGCGAUGUUGUCGAGCAUGCCGUGCGACUAGUCAACGCCUCGAUCGACUCGCUCGACGAAACACCCCCACGGGUGCUUGUGCACCUCCGCCGCGCCAUCGAAUGCUACCACCAGAGCCGAGAGAUCACCGCACCUCUCUCUGCUCUCGCGCAAGUCAAGACAUUCUGCGACGCCAAGUUCCUCGAAGUACCAUGGCAGGAGGUCAAGCCAAUCUGGCGAAGACUCUACACAGAUGCGGCUAUCCUCAAGGCUUGUCUCGUCUUGCGCAGCGCUGAGGGAGUGGCGCAAAGCUCCAAGCGCCGCGCUCGUGAAGACGAGGCGGACGAGCCGCUGCUCCUCGAUACGAUCAAGACGCUCGACCUCGCCAUCAUUGUUGCUGGGGCGCCGGGCGAGGGGAGAAAGCAAAUCGUUCUUGAUCUCAUCGCUGCAGCUCAGGCGCAGCUAGGCGAGAGCAACGAUGGCAAGAAAAAGGCUCGAAAGCAAGACGCGCACGCUCCUCGCCGCCCUCCUCGCCGCCCUGCCCCCGCUCUUCGAGCCGCCAGACCAAUCCCCGUCCUCUCCUCACCCCCAACAUUCACCUCCUUCCACACCCACGCCCACUCCCCCUUCAUUUUGCGCCGCUUCGCUUCCUCCUGGCCGGCGUGCCACUCGUGGUCCUCACACGCCUACCUCCUAGCGGCAGCCGGGCCCGGUCGAGUCGUGCCAGUCGAGGUGGGCGAAAGCUACACGGACGACGAUUGGGGGCAGGAGAUCAUGCGUUGGGACGACUUUCUCGCGCGGGCUGGGUGGGCAGAUGCGGAUGCGCGCGGAGAAGCGCACGACGAGUCGCGCUCGCGCCGCGUCUACUGCGCGCAGCACACCCUCUUCUCGCAGUUCCCACUGCUGGAAAACGACCUCCUCACACCGGACUACGUCUACUCUUCGCCUGGUCCGUCAGACUAUACGCCACCCGUGCGUCGCGAUGAGGAGACGGGCGAGCAAGAAGUGGUGGUCAAAUCCGCCUGGGUCGGACCGGCAGGGACCGUCUCACCUGCGCAUACGGAUCCGUACUAUAACUGCUACGUUCAAGUCGUGGGGAGUAAAGUCGUAUGGAUCGCCCCGCCUAGCGUGACGACGAGCACCGCGACGGGCACGCCCAUCAAUGCCAUGUACUGUUUUGGGCAACCUGAUCCGCCCUUGGAGGAGGAAGGGGAGGAGGGCAGCGGGGAGGAGUGGAAAGGCGAUGCGGCUACGACAUCUCUCAUGACUAACACGUCGCGCGUGCCCGUCUUUUCGCCCACGCCGACGGACGUGGAUGAGCAUCCCGUCUUUACGGAUUUGGUCGAGCCAUACGCACAAUGGGCUGAGCUGGGCCCGGGGGAUAUGCUCUUCUUGCCGCCUGGGUGGUGGCAUGCGAUGAAGAGUACGGAGAGGAGUUUUUCUGUCUCUUAUUGGUUUUGA